AUGGAGAAGUUGACACUCUCGGCUCUCCAACAUCGGCUUCACAUCGUUGGAUUUGACGGGUGGGAUGGUGUUAGUGAGGUGGAUGUCUACCGCGGUGACCCUCAUUGUUAUGCUCUGUUUAUGCGCAGUAUUUUAUGCGGUUUUCCUGGAGUUGCUGCGUUACUGAUGCGCAGAUACCCAUGGUUUGUGAUAGAGGGUAAUGAUUGCUCGCUCGCAUCAUCUGUGUUUCGCAUGUUGUCUCAGGAAUAUGGAUACAAGCCCCCCAUUACUGCCUUGCAGUUCAGGGUGGCUAAGUAUGCUGCGGCGAAAAUGAGAAUCUGCAUCGAACUAUUUGACUUAUUGAAGCGAUCAGAUGUACGUGAAAACGGUGGGAGGGUUUCUUCCAGGAGUAAAGUGAGCAGGGACAUUGCAUUGCCUCGGCACCCUCAUGGGACUAGCGAAGAGAACGUCGAAACGCUACUAGUCGCACGGCUACGUAGCCUUGAUGCGCGGAGGAAGUCAUUGAACAAUCUUCCCCGCGGGUAA